GCAGAUUCUUAACUGACUGAGCCACCCAGGCGCCCCUAGGACAGAAUAUUUAAAUUCAAGACUUCCCUGACAAUCUGACUUAGUUAUACCCGCUUGCUAACUGAGCCCUGGGAUAAGAGGCGGCCGGCCGGAAGGCUGUGCUGCUCCCUGACCUCAGCACUUCAACCUCUGGGAAUUAGCUGUUCUAGCACCGGCCCGUAACAUGCAUUCACCCGGAUUCAGUAACUAGGGAUUGAGCUCCCACUCAAUUCUAGGAUUUGAGGAAACUAGGAAACAAGACAGAAACAGCCCCAGCCUUCCAGGAGCAUGUUCUCAAACGAAAGAUUCAGAGAAGUAAACUCCCAGGAAAACAAAGCUGGGGCAUUGCAAGGGCUUUUAAGGAGAGCAUGAAAGCCGCUGGUGAGCCGGGAUGGAGAUGCAGCAUAAGAGAACGGAACAGAAAGGGUAGACAGAGUGCAGAUAAAACAUGACUCCCAGAGGGCCCUAGCCGGUUGCAUCCCAGGCAAUCAGGAGCCGGGGAUUGGAGACCCCACCCCUGCCGUGACAUCACAGGGAAGUGGGGUGGAGACGAACAAAAAGGGGGUCCCCCGCCCUGGCCUUGGACUCUUGACAGCCCAGAGUGCCAAGGGUAGAGAGAGCCUGGGCACUGAGCAAGGGUUGCCUGACUUAAAAGAACAGGCUCCCCAUUCCUCAAGCCUCCUCCAAGCUGUCCCCUCCAGGCUUUGAUCUCUGUCUCCCUGUCCCUCCUGAGGCCACCAUUGGGUCCCUUCUGAGUGACCCCUGAGUGCUCUUUCAGCAUGAACUGCGUGUCAGAUUUCUUCACCUACGAGACCACCAAGUCAGUGGUUGUGAAGAGCUGGACCAUUGGGGUCAUCAACCGGGCAGUCCAGCUUUUGAUCAUCUCCUACUUCGUGGGGUGGGUUUUCUUGCACGAGAAGGCUUACCAAGUGCGGGACACGGCCAUUGAGUCCUCAGUCGUCACCAAGGUGAAGGGCUUUGGACGCUAUGCCAACAGAGUCAUGGACGUGUCUGAUUAUGUGACCCCACCCCAGGGCACCUCUGUCUUUGUCAUCAUCACCAAGAUGAUAGUCACUGAAAACCAGAUGCAAGGAUUCUGCCCAGAGAGCGAGGAGAAGUACCGCUGUGUAUCAGACAGCCAGUGUGGGCCUCAGCGGUUCCCGGGCGGGGGUAUCCUUACGGGCCGGUGUGUGAACUACAGCUCUGUGCUCCGGACCUGUGAGAUCCAGGGCUGGUGCCCCACCGAGGUGGACACAGUGGAAAUGCCUGUCAUGAUGGAAGCCGAGAACUUCACUAUUUUCAUCAAGAACAGCAUUCGCUUCCCCCUCUUCAACUUUGAGAAGGGAAACCUCCUUCCCAACCUGACAGCCAGAGACAUGAAGACAUGCCGCUUCCACCCCGACAAGGACCCCUUCUGCCCCAUCUUGCGGGUGGGAGAUGUGGUCAAGUUUGCAGGGCAGGAUUUUGCCAAACUGGCCAGCACGGGUGGAGUCCUCGGCAUUAAGAUCGGCUGGGUGUGCGACCUGGACAGGGCCUGGGACCAGUGCAUCCCCAAAUACUCCUUCACCCGGCUCGACGGCGUUUCCGAGAAGAGCAGCGUCUCCCCAGGCUACAACUUCAGGUUUGCCAAGUACUACAAGAUGGAGAAUGGCAGUGAGUACCGCACACUCCUCAAGGCUUUCGGCAUCCGCUUUGACGUGCUGGUGUACGGGAAUGCUGGCAAGUUUAACAUCAUCCCCACCAUCAUCAGCUCUGUGGCCGCCUUCACCUCCGUGGGAGUGGGGACUGUCCUCUGUGACAUCAUCCUGCUCAACUUCCUCAAGGGGGCCGACCAGUACAAAGCCAAGAAGUUUGAGGAGGUGGACGAGACGACGCUGAAGGUUACUGCCUCGGCCAACCCAGAGUGCUCCAGCGACCAGACCACCGAGGAGAAGCAGUCCACAGAUUCGGGGGCCUACUCCAUUGGCCACUAAGGCCUCUGCCAGGGCCCCAAGCUCAUCCAUGGGCUCCAGGCCUGCCCAUAGGGCACCGCACCUGGGCCAGGAGGGAUGGAAAGGGGAGGGGCUUUCAUUUCUGCUGCUCACCCCAGGGAGCCAUGCUGGACCCAGGUGUCUGGGCGUCCCAGUGUUCCGGCAGACAGGUAGUACCCCCUGCUAAGACCUCCAUCUCACUUCACCCCUUGCCUUGCCCCUGUCCGCCUCCCAGAACCCCCAGGGCAGCAGCCCCUGAGUUGUCCCCCUUCUGAAGAGUAGAGAGCAUAAUAGUAAUAGCAAGUGGCCACAAGGCAUUGCCAAAUGCCGGGCAGGGUCACACACAUUAUCUCAUUUAACACUUAGAGUCAUCCUAUGAGGUAGUUAUUAGUUUCCCUGUUUUGAAGGUACACUGAGGCCCCGAGAGACUGAGUCAUUUGCCCAAGGCCACACAGCCAAGAAGCAAGAGGACUGGGAGUCGAACCCAGAUCGAACUCCAUCGCCCACACCCCACAAGAGAAGGGUGAACUCCCAGGCAGUGGCCGCCUCUGCUGCUUCAGCCUCCCCCAUGGUGACCAGGAUUAGGUUUUGCUUAAUGAAGAGUGAGCCCCAUGCUUUCAGCAGGAACUCAGGCCCCGGUGUAGGGAAGACCAGUUAGACAGAGAUGCGGGUGGACCUGGCUUGGGUGGAUCCCCAGUUCAGAAGGAAACAGGAGGCACGACUUCGCUCUGUACCCAGCCAGGGGUCUCUCUCUGGGACCCCCAUAAUCCCACACAUCGGGACUCCCCCCACCCCCAGCAGUGGAAUUAGGCACCCCCCAGGGUGGGGCAUGAUUCCCAGACCCAGGCCCGUGUCGCAGCAGGCCGUGCUCCUUUAUGACGCUGGUGAACAGGCUCCAGGGAGGCCCGAGGCCCUGGGAGCAGCGGCCAGCAAGGCCGCCCCCCCAACAGGGUCCUAAUGGGCGGUCAGCCUUCAAAGUCUAGAACCUCUCUUGUCCCCCUCCCCUGUUUACAGAUAAGCAGACUGAGGCCAGAGAGGGGAAAUGACGGGUCACACAGUUAGUGGCCAA